AUGGCAGAUGACACUUCGGACACACUAGUCAUAUCGGACAAGAGGAAAAUUGUCCGAAAAUUCGGACGGGCCAUUUUUUCAAAAGAUGCAACUGUUUUGAUUUCGGUCAGUAAUAUCAAAGUGAUGACGGCUAGUAAAGUGAUUGCGGCUGUUCAAGGUGCACUGGGAGAAGAUUCUAUUUUGUCCUGUGUCCCUAAAAAUGGUGAUGUGUAUGAAGUAUCAUUGAUUGACAUUGAGUCUGCAAGAGCUAUAGUAGAUAAAGAAUUGAAGAUUGAUAAUCAGCCAAUUUUUGUUCGUCACCUGUCCUCAAAGGUAAAAGUUGUUUCCUUCAUGCACCUGUCAGGACUAAUCACUGAUGAACAAAUUGAAUCAAAGUUAAAGCUAUGGCGGGUUGAGCUUCUUGGUCCUAUCAAACGUCGUCGCUAUGAAAAUACCGAUGUCUUUGAUGGCACAAGGUUUAUGAGGGUUAGAUUUCCACCAGAUGUUUCCUCUCUACCGUAUUCUGUUGGCUUCCAAAUUGAAUCUGGAGUAGAAUAUUACAGCGUUCGUCAUGAUCACCAAGAAAAGGUAUGCUUUAGCUGCCUGUCCCCCGGUCAUCUCAAUGCAGCUUGUCCUGAUAGAAUUUGCCGUAGUUGUAAUAAAAGAGGUCAUAUUCAACGAAAUUGUCCUGAGUCAGUAUGUAGCACCUGUGAUACCAUCAAGAAGGAUUGUGUUUGCGACCCUCCUAUCAUCUGGGCCAUUGGUGCGACUAAUGUUAAGAAUAAACCUCAGAGAUAA